GCGCUUAGAGGAACCUCGCCUGGAAUCGGAGCUGCAGCUAAAUCCGACUGCGCGUUGCAGCAGCGGGCAAAGGAAGCAGCGCAGAACCUCGGGUGUCUCACAGGAAUAAAGAACUGAAAACAACUGGAAAUCAAGAGAUGGAGAAUAACAUAACAACCAUUUCUCGUGAGGAACUGGAGGAACUAAAAGAAGCAUUCAGUAAAAUAGAUAUCGAUAACAGUGGCUAUGUCAGUGAUUACGAACUUCAGGAUCUUUUCAAAGAAGCAAGCCUUCCCUUGCCUGGCUAUAAAGUCCGGGAAAUUGUAGAAAAAAUUAUAGCAGUGGCUGAUAACAACAAGGAUGGCAAAAUCAACUUCGAAGAAUUUGUAUCAGUUAUUCAGGAACUGAAAAGUAAAGAUAUUAGCAAAUCCUUCCGGAAAUCCAUAAACAAGAAAAAGGGAAUUACUGCAAUUGGAGGAACAUCACCAAUUUCUAGCGAGGGGACCCAACACUCUUAUUCAGAGGAGGAAAAGGUUGCUUUUGUUAACUGGAUAAACAAGGCUCUUCACGAUGACCCAGACUGUAAGCACCUUCUCCCUAUGGACCCAACAGAUGAUAGCCUUUUUAAGUCACUUGCUGAUGGCAUCCUCCUUUGCAAAAUGAUUAACUUAUCCCAACCAGAUACAAUUGAUGAAAGAGCUAUUAAUAAGAAGAAGCUUACUCCAUUCACUAUAUCUGAAAACCUAGAUCUUGCACUAAAUUCUGCAUCAGCUAUUGGCUGUACAGUAGUCAAUAUUGGAUCACAAGAUCUAAAAGACGGGAAGCCACAUUUGGUAUUAGGACUGUUGUGGCAAAUCAUUAAAGUUGGGCUUUUUGCUGAUAUAGAAAUCUCCAGAAAUGAAGCUCUUAUUGGUUUGCUAAGUGAUGGGGAAGAAUUAGAACAAUUAAUGAAACUGUCUCCAGAAGAACUCCUGCUACGUUGGGUUAACUACCAUCUGGAUAAUGCUGGAUGGAAGAGAAUAAGCAACUUUAGUCAAGACAUUAAGGACUCAAGAGCCUACUACCAUUUGCUGAAUCAAAUCGCACCAAAAGGAAGCAACAGUGGAGAAACAGCUAUUGUUAUUGAUCUUUCAGGCCUCAAUGAAAAAAAUGACCUGAGGAGGGCUGAAUAUAUGCUUCAACAGGCAGACAAACUAGGCUGCAAACAGUUUGUGACUCCUGCUGAUGUGGUUGCAGGCAAUCCUAAACUUAACAUGGCCUUCGUUGCAAAUCUCUUUAAUACGUACCCUGCCCUGCAGAAGCCCGAAAGCUCUUCUUAUGAUGUCAAUUUACUGGAAGGAGAAAGUAAGGAAGAAAGAACAUUCCGAAACUGGAUGAAUUCUUUGGGUGUAACUCCUUACAUUAACCAUUUGUACAGUGACCUUGCUGAUGCUUUAGUAAUCUUCCAGCUCUAUGAGAUGAUUCGUGUACCUGUACAAUGGAACCACGUCAACAAACCACCGUAUCCUGCACUUGGGGGUAACAUGAAAAAGAUUGAAAAUUGUAACUACGCAGUGGAACUGGGGAAGUCAAAGGCCAGAUUCUCAUUGGUUGGGAUUGGUGGACAGGACCUUAAUGAAGGCAACCCAACACUGACAUUGGCACUGGUGUGGCAGUUAAUGAGAAGGUACACUUUGAAUGUACUAUCGGACCUUGGUGAGGGGGAAAAAGUAAAUGAUGCGGUUAUUAUUAAAUGGGUGAAUCAGACUCUUGCAAAUGCAAAUAAGACUACUUCAAUAACUAGCUUCAAGGACAAAUCCAUAAGCACUAGUUUACCUGUACUAGAUUUAAUAGAUGCUAUUGCGCCGAAAGCAAUCCGUCCAGAAAUGGUCAAGAGGGAAGAUCUUUCUGAAACAGACAAACUGAACAAUGCUAAAUACGCUAUAUCAGUUGCUCGGAAAAUUGGUGCUUGUAUAUAUGCCCUGCCGGAUGACUUGGUAGAAGUGAAGCCAAAAAUGGUGAUGACCGUCUUUGCUUGCUUGAUGGGAAGAGGACUGAACAAAAUAAAAUAAAGAAGAUUUUUUUACAAAUGUUUUCUGCCAUGAUAUACACAAUGAAUGCCUCAUUGUUUACAGACUAAUGGAAUUUAGUAGCUGUAAAACAGAGAUAAUUUAUAUAAACCAAUGUGGAGAUGUAUAGAGAGACUAUUUAAUAUAAGAAUUGUUUAUAUUUAAGGUUUCAUCUGAAAAGUUUUAUAUAUCAGUAAUUUGUGAGCUAAUGUAAUGCAGUAAUCACCAAUAAGAUUACAAUGUUAUAUAGCCUUUUUAAAUGAAUAUGAUACAUGCUGUUUUCAUAGUGCACAAAUUAUCAAGAUUUUAAAGUGCUAUUUUAGGAACUGCUGUGAAAUUAAGUUUUUAUGUCAGUGUGUUAUUAAUGCGUAGUCUGCACAUGAAAGACCUUGAAAGUCCUUGCCUUAUUAUAAGGGACUACACAAACUCCUGUUGGAAUUUGGGCUGCAAAUUAAAAGCUUCUGGUCAUAAGGAUUCUUUCUAGGGAGUACCGUAAUUUUCAUUGCACUGAAUGGGACUGACUUCUAAGUAAAAACUCUGAGGUUCUGAGUACUAAUUGUUUUAGGCUACAAUUCUAAAGUCCCAUUGAAUUAUUUGGGGCUUACUUCUGAGUAGACAUGGUUAGGCUUGCACUGUUAGUAGAGCAAUCAACAAAAGUUUUAGUUGAUUAAUUGAUGUACAUUUUAAUUGUUGUGGGUGAAUUUAAUUUGCUGGAGUUGGAAGGUAAGAUCUUGGGAAGGGGGGAGGCGUUAGGCUGUUCUGGUUCUUAUGUAUUACUAUACUUGGAAAUUAAAAAUACUGAACAAUGAGGACAGCUGUAGCUAUAACACCCUGUUCCUUGGCCUUCAUUAAAAUACUAAGGUUGAGAUGUGAGACUGGGACGUCCCUUAUCAAAAUCCGUCCCCUCUCCUGCACAAUCUCCCUUCACUCUUCCUCUGCAGGCCUAUGCCAUGGUUAACAAUUAUAUGAGAACCUCCUUUGUUAAACAUGAUUAAUACUAACCAGAGUUUGCAGUUAAUUAGAAUUUAGAAAUCAAGAAUUGGAAGCUGGCUUCAUAAAGAGACCAAUGCUGUUUGUAGGCCUUAAUCAUGGUUUUGACUGGUGAGAGAAGGAUGAGGGGAAUUUGCUGUGGAAUCAGCCCUUCUCCAACCCCUUAAAUUUGAUCAAAUAAUGAGACCCAAUACAUUUACAGUGGUCCCUGAGCAGUAGUUUUUGUGUACCAAAACUUCAGUAUUUAAAAGACAUCUGUAUUAAGGUUAGUGUAGCAUGCAGGUUCAGUUAAAUUUAGGGAACAGUCAACAACUCUAUACCCAGGGCUUUUUCUCAGCCGGAACUUACUGGAACUUAGUUCCAGCACCUCUCAGGUGGGCGCCAUUGCCAUUAUAAGAGAACAAGGGAUGAGUUCAUGGUGAGUUCUGGCACCUCUUUUUCUAGAAAAAUAGCACUGCCUAUACCCUUUUUACAAUAUGUGGAAGAUAAGCUGAUAUAGAGUUAUCAUGAUGUAGUGGUGGCGUUUCUGCCAUAUCUUGUAACCAUUGCAUCUUGAUUAUAGCAUUGCACCCUUAGUCAAUUUGAUUAGUAGAAAGUGUAGCUGGUUAAAGCAAAUUUAAAAAAUAAAAGUGAUUUGCAAACGUAGUAUUGAAGAUGGAACUUGCUGUUUAUUUAAAUGAGUUGCAUUGCAGGAGAUUGUAUUAGAUGACCCUUGGGGUCCCUUCCAAUUCUACAGUUCUAUGAUUCUAUGUUUUAAAACUGAACAUCCCCUCUUGUCAAUAUUGUUCUGUAGAAAUGCUUGUAAUAUGAAACAACUUCAACAUAUUUUUUAAAGUAAUUUGUUAAAGAAAAAUUAACAAUUGGUUGUGGUUUGUGGCAUUGAAUAAAACUAAGCACAAGUAUAACAAGGACAAUAAGCAAAAUGAAAAUUAUGUACGUAGUAAGGCUUUCAAUGAGAAAAUAUCCAAGCUAAAAUGUUAUAUUAAGAAACAAUAAAGAGAGAUGACAGGUCCAGUUUGAGGCCUCUCUUUA